AGGAGGAAGGACUGAGAGUGAGAGAAGUAAAAAUAGUAAAAGCUGUCGAGCGGUCCUGGCAAUGUAAGCUGAGAAAGUGUGCAGCGGUGAAAGAAGAAGUAAUGCCAGAGAGGCUGCAGGCUGCAUGUUUUGUAUCUGCUCAGGUGUGUCCAGUCUGUAGACAAUCUGGGGGUCAAGCAGAAACUGAACACACAGCGAAUACCUCUGUACAACUUAGAGUGGAUCUUGUGAGCGGUUCAGGGUGAUUAUUUGGCUCCUAUGAUCCCUGCGGCCUUCAUAGGCUGGACACAUCUUCAUCUUCUCUCCUGAUCCACACACAGCCUGCAGUCAUGGAGAAGCAAAUUGAGGAGCUUAAACAGCAGCUAGAAAAGCAAUUGCUGAUCAACCAGGAGCUACAGAGGCAAAACGAAGACCUGGAACAACGACUGCAGGAGAAAGAAAAGCUUUUGCAGGAUCUGCAGAGUCAAUAUCACGAUCUGCACUUUCCCUCCCAGAGCAGUAAUGAGGUUGAACCAGAGGUCAGAAAGAGCCGUGCAGCUGUCAUUGCCCCCGAACCAAUCCCUGAGACCCUGGAGAUUACACGUACCAGGGUCAAGAAAACUGUCAGUGAGACAAAUCUGAUCGUCAAAGCCAUCCAGAAGAAUGACUUCCUGAGCCGCCUCGAUGAUGAGCAAAUAGCCAUGAUGGUGGAUCUCUUAGUGGGAUCUGACUUCAAACCGGGAGAAGAUGUCAUUAAAGAGGGCUGUGAAGGAGACAGCAUGUACAUAGUAGCAGUUGGAGAGCUCCUCGUCACCCAGGCAGGCCGGGACCUCCGCACGCUAACCACCGGUGAUGUGUUUGGGGAGUUGGCCAUUCUGUACAACUGCAAACGGACAGCAACAGUUAGAGCAAAGACAACAGUGCAUCUGUGGUGCAUGGAGCGACAGACCUACAGGACGAUCAUAACCAACAAGUCCAAGAAGAAACGGGAGCAGCUCAUGGGCUUCCUGAAGACUUCACGUACUCUCAAGGACCUGAAUGAUGUCCAGUUGUCCAAAAUCAUUGACUCAAUGGAGGAGGUGAAAUACCAAGACAAAGAUGUUAUUGUUCGAGAAGGAACAGAAGCAAACGCGUUCUACAUCAUCCUCAAAGGAGAGGUCCUGGUGACUAAGAAUGUGAAUGGGCAUCAGAAGCAGAUUCGUAGGAUGGGAAAAGGGGAGCAUUUCGGGGAACAGGCCCUCAUACGGGAAGUCUUGAGAACUGCCACCUGCACUGCUGACGGCCCUGUUACCUGCUUCUCCAUCGACAAGGAGGUAUUUGAAGAGACAAUUCCCAUAGAGCACCUGGAGCUGUUUGACGACUCUAAAGUGCUGCAGGAGGCCCAAGCUCCAGUAAAGCCGGGUCCCAGCUCCACUCUGAGGUUUAAGGAUCUGGUUCCCGUGUUCUACCAGGAGGGGCGCUACCAAGGAGAUCCUGUCACACUGGGAGUCGGAGGGUUUGGUCGCGUUGAGCUGAUGACCACAGUGAAUCAUGGAACAUAUUACGCCAUGAAGCGAAUUAGCAAGAAGCACAUUGUGGCCAAGAGACAGGAGGAGCACAUGCUGUUUGAGAAGAAGAUCCUGAAAUCCACCCAGAGUGACUUCAUCGUCAGGCUUUAUGCUGCUUUUAAAGACACACGAUACAUCUACAUGGUCAUGGAGUUCUGUGCUGGAGGAGAGAUUUGGACCAAACUCAAAGAAGUAGGGCGUUUUGACGAGCCCAUCGCUGUCUUCUGCACCGCCUGCGUGGUGGAGGCCUACACCUACCUCCACAAGAAGAACAUCAUGUACAGAGACCUGAAGCCAGAGAACCUGAUGCUGGACAUAAAGGGCUACGUCAAACUGGUGGACUUUGGUUUCGCCAAGGAGAUGGUGCGUGGUGAGAAAACCUACUCAUUUGUGGGCACUCCUGAGUACAUGGCUCCAGAGAUCAUCAAGAACCAGGGACACGACUUUGCAGUUGACUUUUGGUCCCUCGGCAUCCUGAUCUAUGAACUGUUGGUGGGAAGUCCUCCCUUUUCAAGUUCGGAGCCUCAGAAGAUUUAUGCCAAGAUUUUGGAUGGGCUGUUCAAGUAUCCACCUUACUUAAGCGAGGCAGCCAAGUCCAUUAUCAGCAAACUGUGCAGACCUCGGCCAGGUCAAAGGUUAGGAAACACCAAGAAUGGAAUCAAAGAUGUCAGGAAUCACAGGUGGUUCAGCAGUAUGAACUGGCACAAGCUGCGUUUGGGUCAGCUCGACGCCCCCACAGUCCGACUCAUACGCAAGGGCCCCAGCUACAUCAACUUUGAUAGUUUCCCUCAUGAUCAGACCAAGGCAGAGGAAGAGUUCUCCGGUUGGGACCGUGACUUCUGAUAUUAAAGGAUCAAAGGCCACGAGAGUUGCCCACAUCACCAAAAAUAACCUCACUUCAAGCCAAAACACGGUCACAUGAUGAAUAGUAAGGACUUCAUAUUGAAAAAAGAAAAUUAAAAACUCCUAAGCUGAUUAUUAAAUUAGAGUGGAACUGCAGGUGAAUCACCACCUCCAAAAUGUUUCUUAAAACAUCUCUGUUGCUGGAGAGAGACAACCAUCUAGGUGGUUGGGGGGUGCCAGAAAUAUGAGGUGGGUGGCGUUAAGACAAGAUGUUAGGACAUUAUGUUUCCAGAUGCAAUGCAGGGAGAUUUGGUGCCCGAGUGCUUGCUAGCUUUGAAAUAAAGGCUUGAGUCAUAUUUCACAGUCUGUACAAAAGGCCAUCUCAUUCAAAACCUGACAAAUAAAUCCAUACUGGUGUCAUUUCUGUUUCAUUCUUGAAUGUUUUAUUGUUCUUUUGGAUCUAUGUUAGUUUUAGAGAUGAAACAUAGCAAAAAUGUUUUAAUAUUGUUAAAGUUGUUUUUUUUAUCAUUAUUAUUGUUAUUAUAAUAAACCGUCACCUUUGUAUUUGGACAAUCUGACCUCUUUUUGUGUGCAGAUUAUUUUCUUGAACUUUGAUUGUAAUUUAAAAAGAUUAUAGAACAACCAAACGAAAAAAAAAAAAAAAAUCUACAUGGCUGGACUUUAGUAAAUAAAAGUGCUCUUAUA